AUUUAGAAUAAGUUUGGAGCCCGUUGUAAAGCAUGGAAUUUAGCUCCUUAUAAUCCAGAAGCACCACCCUGCAUACGGCUGCGUUUGGAGGAGACAAUGAAGCCGUUGAGUGAUGUGGCCGUCAAUGUCCAUGACAAGAAGAGUUUUCAGAGUUUGGUAUCCCACAGUGCCGAUAUACGUGUCAGUGAUGUCUCUUUGGAUUUGUCGAUGAGUACGGUUAUUGGUUUGGCCGAUUUAGCCGAAGAUGAAGUGAUCUCAACGAAUCCUUUGCCAGUGAAUGUGUCAUUGGAAAAUGUUCGCAUUAAUCUAAUCGAGGAUCGUCCACCUGUUAAUAUUACCUCACCCGGACCUGUGCCCAUUAAUUUGGCCAUUGGCCGCAUGCAUUUGAAACGUGAUAAAAAUGGUUUACUUCAUAUACAACCAAUAGAAACAAACCUCAAUGGUCCCGGUUCCGCAAACUAUCCGCUUACCUCAGCUUUAUUUAAAACACCUGAACCAACGCCACGUGAAAGAGAACGUGAUCGAGAAUUGAUUUCACUGCAACUGGUAAUGCAACAAAUCAAAUUGGACAAUGAUAACCUGAGGAGGCAAUUGCAACAGGCCAAGGAGAAUUCGGAUGCAUAUAGACAAAAAACCAAACAAGAAAACGAUGUAUUACGUUCCUAUCUGAAAGCAGCUCAAGAUGAUAUUACAAUUUUAUUGGAAGAGAAAAAAGCUUUAUUAGAUACCAUACGCUCGUUACAGCUCCAGGUGACAUCUAUGAGUAUGAAUAAGAAAACGGAGGGUAACAACAGGUAGCAUAACUGCAUGGAUUGCAUACAGUGUUGCGGUGAAAAUAAUAAUCCAUAGAUU